GCCGGGUUUGACUUUGGAGCGGGUCGCGUCGGCUACAGGGUGGAGGUGGAGGGGGCAGCCCUCGUUACGCUUACUGAUUACCUGGCAUUAACCAGGCACUGCUCUUGAGGCUGAGGGUACCUCGGUAAGCAAGGCUGAGCCCCGCGCGGGGCCACAAAGACACUCGGGGUCCAGUUGGCAUGUUCUGCCCCCCGACCUGCGUGCACACCUGUCAUAGUUCCAGCACAGUAGACUGUGAAGAGUGCGAGUUCUGCUCACGGUGAAUGCUCAACAGUGACAAGACCCCCCUCCCCUGAGCUAAGCCCCUGUCUGCAGCCAGAAGCCAAUGGCCGAGGACAGAGCCAAACCCUGUGAGCUAGACCAAGAGAAAUACGAUGCCGACGACAACGUGAAGAUCAUCUGCCUGGGGGACAGCGCUGUCGGCAAGUCCAAACUCAUGGAGAGAUUUCUCAUGGACGGAUUUGUGCCCCAGCAGCUGUCCACAUACGCACUGACGCUGUACAAGCACACGGCCACGGUGGACGGCAGGACCGUCCUUGUGGACUUUUGGGACACGGCCGGCCAGGAGCGGUUCCAGAGUAUGCACGCCUCCUACUACCACAAGGCCCACGCCUGCAUCAUGGUGUUCGACGUGCAGAGGAAAGUCACCUACAGGAACCUGGGCACCUGGUACGCUGAGCUCCGGGAGUUCAGGCCAGAGAUCCCGUGCAUCGUGGUGGCCAACAAAAUCGACGCGGACAGAAAGAUGACCCAAAAAAGCUUCAAUUUUACCAAGAAGUUCUCCCUACCCCUGUACUUUGUCUCGGCUGCUGACGGGACCAAUGUCGUGAAGCUCUUCAAUGAUGCCAUUCGAUUAGCUGUGUCUUACAAACAGAACUCCCGGGACUUCAUGGAUGAGGUUCUGCAGGAGCUCGAGAACUUUGAUCUGGAGCAGAAGGAGGAGGACGUGCCCGACCCGGAGCAGCAUGGCAGUACCGAGAGUCCAUCUUCCUCCUGAGUCGGAGGGGAAGGCCUCUCCAGGGCCGGCUCGUCGGGUCGGGGGGCUCCAGAACCCCCUCCCUCUAUGGCCCUUCAGCACUGAGCCGAGAGCCUCCAGGCCACCACCCCACUCUACCUCCUGUCAACCCACCUGUCCUGUGCGCUUCUCCCACCUGGAUGGCCCAUGAUACCUGGCCCGCACACAGCCGUCCCCACCCCUGUCCCCACGCAGGAACAGGCUCAGCCCCAGCGAGCACCCUGACACAUGUAGGAGGUCAGCACGGGACCCCGAAGCUGGACUGGGGUCAGCGUCCAUCCUCUGGGUGGGACAGCGGGGAAGCCGGGAGCAUGCUGGUGUGUCCCUUAGAUAAAGGGGUGCAGGUGGGUUCUUCGUCUCCGAGAGCUGUCCUCGGGGCCUUUCUGUUGCAUCCCACCCAGGGCACAGCUUCCAGCCCGGACUCCCCAUUCCCAGCCCUGGGGACUCGCGAGGCCACCGCCUUUUCUCUUUAGUCUCCCAGCUAACUUUUUAAGAAACAGUUUUGAGUAGGUUCCCAGGGGCUCUUCCAGGUACUUCCAGGGUGUUGGUGAGCAGUGAGGCCAAGGUCACAAGCAUAGGCCAUUAAAAUCCAGAGAAAGCAGGCGACGGGUCUGCCACACUGAGUGACGUCACUGUUGGUGACACCCCACAGGCAUCCCACAGCCCUGUGGGCUACCGGAAGCGGGCUCAGAGAGGCCCAGUGCGCAAGGCUGCCUCGUGCUGCCCUGUGUGCUCGGAGGCUCAGUGUGGGCACCGCCCGCGGGCAGUGAGGCCGCAGAGCCACCGUCCUGCGUUCCUCCCCAGUCCUUGUGUUUGUGAUCAUUUCUAUCGUUUUUAUUUAUUUCUUGUUUUCUUUUUUACGGUAAAGGUUGAAUUAUAUAAACUGA